AUGCACCCCCUGGCCCUGCUGCUGCUCGGGCUACGCCUGGCAGGCGCCGGCUUCAAGAUCUGCGCCUUCAACGCACAUGGCUUCGGGGAGGCCAAAUCGGCGGGCGUCUCUUUGCAGAUCCUGGUGCGCUGUGACAUCGCUGCCGUGCAGGAGGUCCGGGACGUGAAGGGUGAUGCCAUGCAGGCCCUGCUGCGGGAGCUGAACAGGUACGAUCCAUCCCACAGCUACGCCCAGCUGGGCAGCCGGAGACUUGGCCGCGGGACCUACAAGGAGCAGAUCGUCUUCCUGUAUCGGGCGGACCUGGUGACGGUCACGGAUUGGUACCAGUUUGGGGAGGCUGGAGACUUUGCCCGGGGGCCCUUUGCUGCCCGCUUCCAUGUGCCCAGCACAGCCAUCAAGGACUUUGUGCUGCUCUCACAUCAUGUCAGCCCCCGGGAUGCGCCCCAUGAGAUCGAUCAGCUCCACCAGGUCUGCCAGGAACUGAGCCAGCGCUGGGGAACCCAGAACGUGAUGGUGCUGGGGGACUUAAAUGCAGGGGGGGCCUAUGUCCCCCACAACGCCUGGGGGUCCAUCCGGCUGCGCUGGGAUCCCCGCUUCCACUGGCUGAUCGGGGAUGGCGUCAACACCACAGUGCGAGCCCGGACCCACUGCGCCUACGACAGGAUCGUGGUCCAGGGGGAUGAGCUGCUCAGAGCUGUGGUGCCUGGCUCAGCCAAACCCUACAACUUCGCCAGGAGCCUGGGGCUGUCGGAGGAGGAGGCCCUGCAGGUCAGCGACCAUUACCCCGUGGAGGUGAACUUGUAUCUGGCCGGGCAGGCACCGCGGGAGCUGUGA